UACGCAAGAGCAGAUUACAAGUUUCUUGGAUAUUAAUUUUCUCUGUGAAAAAGAGCCAUCGGGGGGUUAGUGGAGGAGGCAGUGGCGGACAGGCGGUAUUUGCUAUAAUUAUUGCAAGUCAAUUCGUAAGUGGGAUAAACACUUUGUGAAGAAGCAUUUUUCUAGGACGAGUCUUUCAUUAAACAUCAAUUGGAGUUACUGGGGGACAAACGGCUGCCCUGUUAUGAAAACACUAGGAAUCACUUUGUUGUUUUACUUGCUAUCGAAUUCGUUUAACUUACCCAUGUGACUACCAAAAAUGUUUACAAUCUGGAUUUCGAACAAACAUUUCUUAGAUAAAUGAGCACAUUUCAGACAUUCUUUUUAUUAUUAUUUUUUUAACCUACACCAAAUGUGGGUAAAGCAUGACGGCAUGCCAGGGCUCGAAAGUUAGACAAAAAUUCGUCUCCAAAUUCUCUUUCGCUCGUCAUCACAAAACACGUCUAUCAUAACAGGACGCACGAAAAAGUCUCAAGGACCCAUGCCCAGAAUUGAACAAGAAGCUUGCCAUUUAGAAGAAGAAGAAUCACCUUUUAUUGUCAUGAACAUGCAUGCAUGCACACGAAAUUCGUUCUCUGCAUUUUAACCAUCACAGUGAACACAUACACAUUUUGGUUUGAGGCAACCAUUUUCGGACAAUUCCACGGGUUGCACUCUUGACGAAGACACACUAGAAAAGAUGGGCCAAAUCUUGAUGCAUGUUUUUGGAUUCACCAUUUAAAAAAAAAAAAAAAAAAAAAAAAAAAAAAAAGUGCAAGGGGCCCGUAAUUGCUCAAAUAUUAUGAUUCCAAAGGUAUGCGCUGCAGUACUGCCUCUCUUGAUAUUCCCAGUAAAAGCGAACCAAAAGCGACAUUGCCCCUCCAUUGCUGACUUCAUAUUUUCUCCAUAUUUGGAAAUGUUUACCUCCUCGUGAUGAUCGGCAGAGAAGGGAUGUGAGUCACUUGGGCUGCACACAAGUUUGUCUGACAUUCGCUUUCCUGUUACGCUUCCCUGAUCCAAAGAAACUGUGCCGCAUUGUGUCACAGCUGCCAUUGCAUUGUGUUAAACGUUUCGAGAAGCCGAAAGACAACUACAAUACUACUCUUAAACGCAAAAUAUGAAGCAUGUGGAACGCGGGCGACAGUGGCGAGAGCGGUCAGGUGGCCGCCAGGAUGGAGACCACACCGUCACCGGGCAGCGCCAGCAUCUCCGUGUCGCAGCAGCAGGCGCCCAAGAAGUUUGCCCCGGUGGUGGCGCCCAAGCCCAAGUUCAACCCGUACAAGCACGCCACUGAUCCGGGUCUACCGGACCCUGCGGCCGACUACCCUCCUCCGCCGCUGCCCGCCGCCGAUCCGAUCCGCCUGCCGUCGUCGUCAGCCGCUUCCUUCCUACCGCCUCCGCCCGCCAACUCAUACGACUAUCAGACGAGAGGACCUGAGAAGACUUUGGAGGAGCGACGCUCCAGCUUGGACGCCGAGAUCGACUCUCUCACCAGCAUCCUGGCCGACUUGGAGAGCAGUUCGCCCUACAAGCCGCGAAACACGCAGACCCUUGGCCCUUCUUCGGUGUCCACCCCAAGUGCUCCAGUGACUGGUUACAAACGCAUGGUCAUCCCUAAUCAGCCGCCACUGACCGCCACCAAGAAGUCCACGCCCAAAGCCCAAGCCCCAAGCAGCGGCUCGUCGACGCUGCCGGCGAAGCUCCAGCCCGUGGCGGCGUCCUACACCACCGCCUCCACGCCCAGCCAGCCCACAUUCAAUGUCCAGGUACGGUCCGCCCAGCCCAGCCCCCAGCACCCAACAAGCGGCGGGCAGCACCUUGGUGGAGGCCAGCAGCCGGCUCGCAGCCCCACCCAGGUCCAGUACAUGCCGGCCCAGCCCAAAGGGCCCGACUUCGCCUACGGGCCGCCUCAGCCAGGGUUCUCCCCGGUUGGCCCGGGCGCUUAUCAGGACCAGCAGGCCUACAGGAGAACCGAAGCUCAACCCUACCAGGCGGCGGGCCCCAAGAAGACCUAUAUCACUGACGUGCCGCAGAGCUUGGACCCCUACACUUCUGGACCAACCAUCCCACCAAAGAGCGGCGGCGGCCCCCCCGCAGCCCACCCGGAGGAUGAGCUGGAGCGCCUGACCAAAAAGAUGCUCUUUGACAUGGACCACCCUCCAUCCGAGGAAUACUUUGGGCGCUGCGCCAGCUGCGGGGAGAACGUGGUGGGCGAGGGCACCGGCUGCACGGCCAUGGACCAGGUCUUCCACGUUGACUGUUUCGUGUGCAUGACCUGCAGCGGCAAGCUGCGCGGCAAACCCUUCUACGCCGUGGACAAGAAGGCCUACUGCGAGCCCUGCUACGUGAACACGCUGGAGACGUGCAGCAUGUGCAGCAAGCCCAUCAUGGAGCGCAUCUUGAGGGCCACGGGCAAGGCCUACCACCCUCACUGCUUCACCUGCGUGGUCUGCAAACGCAGUCUGGACGGCGUGCCCUUCACCGUCGACGCCUCCAACCACAUCCACUGCAUACACGACUUCCACAAAAAGUUUGCGCCGCGCUGCUGCGUGUGUUCUGAACCCAUCAUGCCCGCUCCCGGUCAGGAGGAGACGGUUCGUAUCGUGGCUCUGGACAGAGACUUCCACGUCCACUGUUACCGCUGUGAGGACUGCGGCUGUCUGCUGUCUGAGGGUGACAACCAGGGCUGCUACCCUCUGGAUGGACACGUCCUGUGCAAGAACUGUAACACGGGACGCAUCCAGGCGCUCUCCGCCAAGGCCACCACUGACCUCUGAACAAGCGACCAAUCAUUACACGCUCUUUUCGUGCUUGCUUAGCUCUUCUUCCUUCCGACUCGGUCGCACAGACGCUUUUCCUUGCGCGCUUCGAUAAACAUUUAUACUAACCAUGUUGUUGUACGAUUAGCAUCACAGGAUAUUAUGGUUAGCCUAGCUUUGCAUGAAGAUUGCUGACUGUGAAAUAAAUUUAAUUUUGCUCACCAAGCUA